ACUGCAGCAUGAUGCGAUUGUGUAUAAUUCAGAGUGUUGUGCUUGGAGACAGGCGGAAGGGAAGGAGCAGACCACAGUGCACACGCUGGGUAUUCAUUUGAGGUUGUUUUUUUUAUCCAUGCAGUACAGGAACACAGAACCUGUGAAAUUCCUGUAGCUGUGGGGAAAAAAAAAACACUCACCGCCCUUCUUCAGUGUGGCUCCAAGUCAGUGCUCUGCCUCAGCAUUUGAUAGAGAAGGUUCAUUAAAUCACCCCCAUCAGCACAGCUGCUUCUAAAAAAAAUUUUUCUGGACUGUCUACAUGAAGUGAACAUCCUCUUCAAGGAGCAAUUUUAGCACUGUUUAUUCAGCAGUUGCCUGAGCAAAUUAAUGAAAGAAAGCAUGUUUAAAGACGGAAGACCACCAGACCAUCUCAGGCCACAGACAAAUAGCAGUUAUUAUUGACAGCCUGCAGUAAGAGGAUUGGACUCUGUCAGAGUUGGGCGCGUGUUAUUUAAGGGGAGCCUAUUACAGCUGCAUCAGGCUUUUAUUUUUAAAGAAGACUGUCUGCCAAGGACAGAAGUGGCUUGCAGAGACUGCAUUUCCCAUCCUGACCUCUGGUCUGCAUCAGUUAGUGGGGACACACUUGCAGAUACGUACUGUACACACAAAAACUACCUGCCUCUUCUGCUGCUUGGGAUUACAGAAGUCUCUUUGUAUGCUGCAGACAUGGCCAGCCAGCAAGAUUCAGGCUUCUUUGAAAUCAGCAUCAAAUCCCUGCUAAAAUCCUGGAGCAACACAUCCCCGGUAGGUAACGGAUAUAUCAAGCCCCCGAUUCUUCCAGACUCCAGCACACAGGGUGAGAAGGGACCUCCAGCCAUGAUGCCCAUCAACAUUGACCCGGACAGCAAGCCGGGGGAGUACGUCCUCAAGAGUCUGUUUGCAAACUUCACUACGCUGGCAGAAAGGAAGAUCCGUAUCAUCAUGGCUGAGCCUCUGGAAAAACCAUUAUCCAAAUCUCUACAGAGGGGAGAAGAUUUACAGUUCGAUCAGCUAAUCAGCUCAAUGAGCUCCCUUGCAGAAUACUGCCUGCCUUCUAUUCUGCGCACCCUAUUUGACUGGUAUAAAAGACAAAAUGGAAUAGAAGAUGAAUCCCAUGAGUACAGACCAAGAGCCAACACCAAGUCAAAAAAUGAUGAACAGCAAAAGGAUUACCUGCUCGAAAGAAGGGAUCUGGCAAUCGAUUUUAUUUUUUCUUUGGUACUAAUAGAAGUUUUAAAGCAGAUUCCUCUUCAUCCGGUCCCAGACAGUUUGAUCCAUGAAGUUAUAAACUUGUCAUUUAGGCACUUUAAAUACAAGGAAGGGUACCUUGGUCCUAACACUGGAAAUAUGCACAUUGUAGCCGAUCUGUAUGCUGAAGUAGUUGGUGUUUUAGCACAGUCCAAGUUCCCUGCUGUGAAGAAGAAAUUCACAGCUGAGUUGAAAGAGCUCCGUCAUAAAGAACAGAGUCCUUAUGUAGUUCAAAGCAGUAUUAGUCUCAUAAUGGGCUUCAAAUUGUUCCGCAUUAAGAUGUACCCUGUUGAGGACUUUGAAGCUUCAUUUCAGUUUAUGCAGGAAUGUGCUCAGUAUUUCCUUGAAGUGAAAGACAAGGAUAUUAAGCAUGCACUAGCUGGACUAUUUGUGGAAAUUCUUGUUCCAGUAGCUGCGGCUGUUAAAAAUGAAGUAAAUGUUGCUUGCCUUCGCAACUUUGUUGAGAGCCUGUAUGAUACAACACUGGAGCUGUCUUCAAGAAAGAAACAUUCUCUGGCUCUGUACCCUUUGGUUACAUGUCUUCUGUGUGUCAGCCAGAAGCAGUUCUUCCUAAACAGAUGGCACAUCUUUCUUAACAACUGCCUGUCUAAUCUCAAAAAUAAAGAUCCCAAAAUGGCCCGUGUUGCACUGGAAUCACUGUAUAGGCUGCUUUGGGUUUACAUGCUAAGAAUUAAAUGUGAAAGCAAUACUGCAACCCAGAGCCGGCUCACUACUAUCAUCACCACGCUUUUCCCCAAAGGAUCCCGCAGUGUGGUGCCCAGAGAUAUGCCUCUAAAUAUCUUUGUAAAAAUAAUACAGUUCAUCGCACAGGAAAGACUUGAUUUUGCUAUGAAAGAAAUCAUCUUUGACCUGUUAUGCGUGGGAAAAGCAGCAAAAGCUUUUAGUCUUAACCCUGAGAGAAUGAAUAUAGGCCUGAGGGCUUUCCUUGUGAUAGCUGAUAACCUGCAACAGAAGGAUGGUGAGCCACCCAUGCCCAACACUGGAGCUGUUCUUCCCUCAGGAAACACCCUCAGAGUCAAGAAAACUUACCUGAGCAAAACGCUGACAGAGGAGGAAGCUAAACUCAUCGGUAUGGCCUUGUAUUAUUCGCAAGUACGAAAAGCCAUUGACCACAUCCUCAGGCACCUAGAUAAAGAAGUUGGCCGAUGCAUGAUGAUGACAAAUGUGCAGAUGCUGAACAAAGAACCUGAAGAUAUGAUAACGGGUGAAAGAAAGCCAAAGAUUGACCUCUUCAGGACCUGUGUAGCAGCUAUUCCUCGAGUACUGCCUGAUGGGAUGUCAAAGCUGGAGCUGAUUGACUUACUGGCACGGCUUACAAUCCAUAUGGAUGAUGAACUUCGACUCAUUGCUCAGAACUCUCUGCAGAGUCUAUUGGUGGAUUUUGCUGACUGGAGGGAGGACGUGCUGUUUGGUUUCACUAACUUCCUCUUGCGUGAAGUGCACGACACCCACCAGGGUCUUCUGGAUAUCUCUUUGAAGCUGCUGCUUCAGCUGCUAACUCAAUGGAAGCUUGCAAUACAAACUCAAGGGAGAGGCCAUGACCAAACUAAAAUAAGGACCUCGGAGUUAAUACAGAAUGGAUCCAACCACAGACUGCAGCCCGAGAGGAGCCCACAUUCCAAUGUGCUGCACGCUGUGGAAGGAUUCGCACUGGUGCUUCUCUGUAGCUGCCAGGUGGCCACGCGCAAGCUAGCGGUUUCAAUCCUGAAGGAGAUCCGUGCCUUGUUUACUUCCAUAGGACAAACUGAGGAUGAUGAUAAGCCAAUGAUUGAAGUCAUGGAUCAAUUAAGUUCAGCCGUCCUAGAAAGCUUCCUCCAUGUAGCUGUUUCUGAUUCAGCUACCUUACCUUUUGCACACCACGUGGACCUGCAGUGGCUGGUAGAGUGGAACGCGGUCCUUGUUAACAGCCAUUAUGAUGUGAGGAGCCCCUCUCACGUUUGGAUAUUUGCACAGUCGGUGAAAGACCCCUGGGUACUUUGCCUGUACAGUUUCCUAAGACAGGAGAAUCUGCCCAAGCACUGUCCCACUGCUUUGAGCUAUGCCUGGCCUUACGCAUUCACCAGACUUCAGCUGCUGAUGCCCUUGGUGGAUCCUAACAGCCCUAUUUACGCCAAGAAGAUGAGCACAUCUGGCAGUGGAGACAACCAUGUCACUCUCUGGAGAAACUAUCUCAUUCUGUGCUUUGGAGUAGCAAAACCCAGCAUCAUGAGCCCUGGGCACUUACGAGCAUCCACUCCUGAAAUUAUGGCAACUACUCCUGAUGGCAGCAUCAGCUACGACAACAAGGUGAUCGGAACUCCGUCUGUGGCUGUGCUUCUGAAGCAGCUGGUUCCACUGAUGAGGGUGGAGAGCAUCGAAAUAACUGAGUCUCUCGUUCUGGGGUUUGGGAGGACAAACUCUCUGGUGUUCAGGGAACUGGUGGAAGAGCUUCAUCCCUUAAUGAAAGAAGCUUUGGAAAGGAGACCAGAGAACAAGAAACGACGUGAGCGAAGAGAUUUGCUUAGACUACAGCUGCUGAGGAUUUUUGAACUACUUGCUGAUGCUGGAGUUAUAAGUGACAAUACAAAUGGGGCUUUGGAGCGUGAUACCCUUGCCCUGGGCGCUCUGUUUCUGGAGUAUGUGGACCUCACUCGGAUGCUGCUCGAAGCAGAAAAUGACAAAGACGUUGAAAUUCUGAAGGAUAUCCGGGCACAUUUUAGUGCUAUGGUGGCCAAUCUGAUACAGUGUGUUCCAGUCCAUCAUCGGAGGUUCCUUUUCCCGCAACAGAGCCUCAGGCACCACCUGUUCAUCUUAUUCAGCCAGUGGGCCGGCCCAUUCAGUGUUAUGUUUACACCUCUGGAUCGUUACAGUGACAGAAACCAUCAGAUCACCAGAUACCAGUACUGUGCCCUAAAGGCCAUGUCGGCAGUUCUGUGCUGUGGACCUGUGUUUGACAACGUUGGCCUCUCCCCGGAUGGCUAUCUGUACAAGUGGCUGGAUAAUAUUUUAGCAUGUCAGGAUUUACGGGUUCAUCAGCUCGGGUGUGAAGUAGUCAUCCUCCUGUUAGAGUUAAACCCGGAUCAGGUGAACCUUUUCAAUUGGGCUGUGGAUCGGUGCUUCACUGGGUCCUACCAACUAGCGUCUGGCUGUUUCAAAGCUAUCGCCACAGUCUGUGGAAGCAGGAACUAUCCAUGUGAUAUAGUUACCUUGCUAAACUUAGUGCUGUUCAAAUCAUCUGACACCAACAGAGAAAUUUAUGAAAUUGCAAUGCAGCUUAUGCAGAUUCUUGAAGCAAAGCUCUUUGUAUAUUCUAAGAAGCUUGCGGAGCAGAAGCCUGGCAGUAUACUGUAUGGCACUCAUGGCCCACUGCCACCUUUGUACAAUGUGUCCCUGUCACAGCUUUCGAAUGAGCUCGCCAGGAUGUAUCCUGAGCUCACCCUGCCACUCUUCUCAGAGGUCAGCCAGAGAUUUCCCACCACCCACCCAAAUGGGCGUCAGGUCAUGCUCACCUACCUGUUACCAUGGCUACACAACAUUGAGCUGGUAGACAACGGCCUGCUCCCUCCUGUCUCCAGUCCCAACACCCCUGAGGACGAAGCAAGAGAUAAGUGGGAUAGCCUGGGCUGCACUCACCGGCUGAAGGGGAGUGGCUGGGGGUCACUGCAGGCCACAUCGCUGGUCCUCAACAACCUCAUGUUUAUGACUGCCAAGCACGGAGAUGAGAUGCCCGGGCCAGAGAUGGAGAAUGCUUGGAAUGCCCUUGUAAGCAAUGACAAGUGGAGCAACAACCUAAGAACUACACUGCAGUUCCUCAUCAGUCUGUGCGGAGUGAGCAGUGACACCACCCUUCUGCCAUACAUUAAAAAGGUUGUGAUCUACCUGUGCCGUAAUAACACCAUUCAAACAAUGGAGGAGCUGCUGUUUGAGCUGCAGCAGACAGACCCUGUGAACCCUGUGGUCCUGCACUGCGAUAAUCCACCUUUCUACAGAUUUGCUGCAAGCAACAAGGCUUCAGCAGCUGCCUCUGGGACAACGUCCAGCAGUAACACUGUAGUAGCUGGCCAAGAAAGUUUCCCAGACACGGAUGAAAGCAGAUUAAUGAGAGAGUCUGAUGAAAGGAUCAGCAAUGUGAUCAGAGCGCACACCAGACUAGACUCAAGAUACAGCAACAGCUCCGGCGGGUCUUACGACGAUGACAAAAAUGACCCUGCGCCUCCCUAUAGUGGCUGGCUGAUGAAUGUUAUGGAGACCAAUCAGCCGCAGCCCCUGCCAAUGCCUGUGAACGGAGGAUGCUGGGCACCCCUAGUAGACUACCUCCCUGAGACCAUCACUCCAAGGGGACCACUGCACAGGUGUAAUAUAGCCGUCAUCUUCAUGACCGAGUUGGUCGUUGAUCACAGUGUCCGAGAAGACUGGGCUUUGCAUCUGCCUUUGUUACUCCAAGCUCUGUUUUUGGGUCUUGAUCAUUACCGUCCAGAAGUGUUUGAGCACAGUAAACGACUGCUUCUUCAUCUACUGAUUGCGCUGUGCUGCAACAACAACUUCCAGGUCAUAGCAUCAGUGCUUCUUCUUACCAGAGAGAUGAGUGAAAGCAAGACUCUGACAGUGAAGUCCAGCUACCAGCCAGAAUACCUCUACACAGGUGGUUUUGACUUCUUAAGGGAGUAUCAGACGUCUCCAGUGCCAGACUCGGGAUUAAGCUCCAGCUCCACCUCCUCCAGCAUCAGCCUGGGAGGCAGCAGCGGGAACCUGCCUCAGAUCUCCCAGGAGAUGGAGGACAUGGAAACAUCCAUCGAGUCUGAUGAGAAAGCUAACAAGCUAAUAGAGUUUCUAACCACCAGGGCGUUUGGGCCCCUUUGGUGCCACGAGGACAUCACUCCCAAAAACCAGAAUUCCAAGAGUGCCGAUCAACUGGCUAACUUCCUUCGCCACGUGGUGUCUGUUUUCAAAGAGUCAAAGUCAGAUUUCCAUUUGGAGCAGCAGCUGAGUGAUGUGGCGUUACAAACCGGGCUGUCAAGCUCCUCCCGGCACUAUGCGGGCCGCUCUUUCCAAAUCUUCAGAGCCUUGAAACAGCCUCUGUCUGCCCACGCAGUGUCCGACCUGAUCUCUCGCCUGGUGGAAGUCAUAGGAGAACACGGAGAUGAAGUUCAGGGCUAUGUGAUGGAAGCCCUGCUUACUUUGGAAUCAGUUGUGGAUAAUUUGGCCGACUGUUUGAAGAAUGCAGAUUUAAUGGCUAUUUUGUCAAGGUCAUCGUCCCCUGAUUUCCUGACCAACGCCAAGCUGGCGUCCAGCCGUAAGAGCACCGGCCAGUUGAAUCUGAGCGCAGGGGUCGGAGCCAGUGGCAUGGGCACAGCCGAGCGCAGCAGGCACCAAAGGAGCUUCUCCGUGCCCAAGAAGUUUGGUGUGGUUGAUCGGUCCUUAGACCCUCCCAGGAGUGCCACACUGGACAAAAUCCAGGCCUGCACACAGCAGGGCAUUUUAUCCAAGACCCGGAGCUCAUCCUCUUCAAAAGACAACAUCACAGACCCAGCAAACGUGAACAAUCCCACAAACCUCCUGGCUACCAUCUUCUGGGUGGCUGUCUCGCUGAUGGAGUCAGACUUUGAGUUUGAGUACCAGAUGUCACUGAGGCUGCUUCACAAGUUGCUGGUGCAGAUCCCCCUAGAUAAAGCAGAAAACAGGGAGAAGCUGGAGAAACUCCAAGGGCAGCUGAAGUGGGCCAACUUUUCAGGGUUACAGCAGCUGUUGCUAAAAGGGUUUACCUCCCUCUCGACCACUGACCUGACCCUCCAGCUCUUCAGCCAGCUGACUCCUGUUUCUCGGGUGUCAGUGGUGGACUCCUCUCAAGCCAUAGGUUUCCCAUUGAAUGUAUCGUGUCUGCUUCCCCAUCUAAUUCAGCACUUUGACAGCCCAACUCCUUUCUGUAAGGAUAUUGCUGAAAGGAUAGCCCAGGUGUGCAUAGAAGAGAAGAAUACCAAGCUCUCAAACCUUGCUCAUGUCAUGACGCUGUACAAGACCCACGCAUACACAAGGGACUGUGCCACCUGGGUUAAUGUUGUUUGCCGAUACCUUCAUGAAGCAUUUGCUGAUAUCACAUUGAAUAUAGUUACUUAUAUGACAGAGCUGUUAGAAAAGGGCCUUCCCAGCAUGCAACAGUCUCUUCUUCAGAUCAUCUACAGUCUCCUCAGUCACAUGGAUCUCACUGGCAUUCCUGUCAAACAGUUCAACAUGGAGGUGCUGAAGACCAUUGAAAAAUUUGUCCAGAGUGUUCACUGGAAGGAAGCCCUGAACAUUCUCAAGUUGGUGGUCUCUCGUUCUGCCAGCCUAGUGUUGCCCUCGUACCCGCACAGUGACCUGACGCACGUACACAUGAGCCGGGUGUGGGACAGCUCUUCAAAGGAGCUGCCAGGGAAGACUUUGGAUUUUCACUUUGAUAUUUCAGAGACUCCAGUCAUUGGGAGGAGAUAUGAUGACCUGCAGGGGCCAGCAGGGCGAGAUGGUAAAAGCAGAGCUAUAGCUGUCACCCGGAGCACCUCCUCAACAUCAUCAGGCUCAAACUCCAAUGUCCUGGUGCCUGUGAGCUGGAAAAGACCACAGUCCUCACAGAAACGAACCAGGGAAAAGCUGGUUAAUGUGCUCUCUCUAUGUGGGCAAGAAGUGGGGCUAACCAAAAACCCUUCAGUGAUUUUCUCCUCCUGUGGGGAUCUUGAUCUGAUUGAGCACCAGGCUAGCUUGGUGUCCUCGGAGGACGGUGCGAGGGAGCAGGAGAACAUGGACGACACCACCAGCGAGCAGCAGUUCAGAGUCUUCAGAGACUUCGACUUCCUGGACGUGGAGUUGGAGGAUGGAGAGGGCGAGAGCAUGGAUAACUUUAACUGGGGAGUUCGCCGCCGUUCUCUAGACAGCCUGGACAAGAGUGACAUGCAGCUGCUUGAAGAGAGCCAGCUCUCAGGAAGCACACCCAGCCUGAGCAAAAUCAACCAUGAGGAUUCCGAUGAGUCAUCAGAGGAGGAGGCCCUCACAGCCAGUCAAAUACUGGCACAUUCCCACCACCUGAUUAUAAAUCUCUCCCCUUCUGAGGAGACGAAUCACACGGAUUCCCUCUCCACCUCUGCAGACCCACACUCCUUAAACACAAGGACCCCUAGUUUCGAAGUCUCUCUUCCUGAUGACACUAAUCAGCGGGCUGAAGUUUCAGCUGAAGAGGAGGACACAAAUGUUCAUGAGGAUGACCUUUCAUUGUCUGUCAGUGAACUACCGGCAGCUUUUGAGUGCAGCGACAGCUUCACUUUAGAAAUGGCAGAAACUGAAGACCACGCAGGACUGCCAAGCUUUGGAGAAGAAGAGAGGGCUGGGUUGCAGGAGGCCCGUGCUUCCCCCCCUCCAUCCCCAUUCUUCUCUGCCAUCCUGGCUGCCUUUCAGCCCGCAGUCUGUGAUGACGCAGAAGAAGCCUGGCACAACCACAUCAAUCAGCUGGUGUCAGACUCCGAUGGCUCCUGCGCAGUCUAUACCUUUCACGUGUUCUCUUCCCUGUUUCAGAACAUUCAAAACAAAUUCUGCUCCUUAACCUGUGAUGCUGCUGGUUACCUUGGAGAUGGCCUUCGAGGAAUAGGAAGCAAGUUUGUCCGGUCCUCACAGAUGCUGACAUCAUGUUCGGAGUGCCCGACUCUGUUUGUAGACGCUGAAACACUCAUCUCUUAUGGGCUUUUGGAGAAAAUGAAGUUUAGUGUUCUGGAACUUCAAGAAUAUUUGGAUACCUACAACAACAGGAAAGUGGCUGCCAUUUCAUGGCUUACAAACUGUAAGGCGACAUUUCCAAGAGGUCCCAGAGACGGAGUGAUUACCUGUCAGCCGGGGGACUUGGAGGAGAAGCAAAUGGAAUCGCUGGCACAACUGGAGCUGUGUCAGCGGUUGUACAAACUCCACUUUCAGUUGCUGCUGCUUUUUCAGUCCUACUGCAAACUCAUAGGACAGGUACAUGCAAUAAGCUCUGUGCCAGAGCUCCUGAACAUGUCCAGGGAACUGAGUGAUUUGAAGAGCAGCCUGAAGGCUGCAUCUGUUUCUGUCACGAAUGAACAGCCCAGUUCCUCCACAGAGCCUGCAUUCAGCUCCUCCGAGGCGGCCGUUCAGUCUGUGCUCGAAUGCCUUCGUAACAAACAGUUCUCAACAGCUAUACGCCACAUCCGGGAUUGCAGAAGUGUGUGGCCCAAUGACAUCUUUGGAAGCAGCGCCGAGGACGAGGUCCAGACUCUGCUGAACAUGUACUUUAGACACCAAACCCUGGGGCAGACGGGUACCUUUGCACUGGUGGGCUCCAAACAGGACCUGUCUGAGAUCUGCAUGAAGCUGAUGGAGCUGAAUGGAGAGAUUCGGGAUAUGAUCCGCAGAGCUCAGGGUUACCGGGUGCUCACAACCUUCCUCCCAGACUCCAGCGUUUCCGGCAUUAGUCUCUGACAGGAGGAGUUGCCUGUCUGUCUUUUGUUCCUGCCUGCAAGUGCUGCAAUGCUGGAGUGAAGUCCUUCAAUGUCUUCUCAUUUCUAGGAAAGCUCGGACAAGCUGUUUUCACUCUUGCUACCUUUGAGAGUUUCAUUACGUUUUCAGGUCUUCAGAUGUGCAGCAACACUGUUAGAGCAAAAGCAACCUGAAGCAACCGACAUAAAGUAACUCUGAUUUUAUUGCACUAAUACUAAUUUACGACUACCACUGGCUACUGAGUUAAUGACUUCCACACCUGAUAAAGAUAUACCAAAGUUAUAUUAACUUAUUAUUCUUCAGAUAUUUACUAUUGUAAUUGUUAGGGGGGAAAAGUGCAAUGGUUCUUUCAAUUUAAAAAAAAGACUAUUUUAGAAUCGAAGAUUUUGAAUUUCUGGAACUUUGGCUACUUGAUAUUGAUGAACUGAGUACAGGCAGAAUGAAGCUGAAUUUUAAGAUAUGACUUGAUGGUUUGGUUAAAGCUGAGGGCCUGUUACCAUACCAUAACCUGACUACCAUUAUUAUUAUACUGUACACACUAACAUGCUAAUAGUAUCUUCUCACACUAAGCUGCUGUUAAGCACACUUACAAUGUUACUAGGCUACUGUUUCAGAAACAACAUAACCACAUAGUGUGGGUAUCUUAUUGUGAAUUAAAUAUAAUUGGUCCUCAGCAUUUUAAAUGUGUUGGCUGCUUUCUACUUGAUAGUUGCUCUUCUGGUUUUUUAUUUGUACUACAAAAGAAAGCAAGCGUAACUUAAGUUUUUUUUUUUUAGGAUGUGAAUUAAAUGUCCUGUCUAUUAAAACUGCCAAGCAUGCAUAUUUUAUAUACUAUGAACUGGGUUAUAGAAUAGCAUUGAAAAAGAUGAUUCAUAUUUGAACUCACAAGAUGCGUCUGUAUAUAAUACGAGGGGAGCUUUGCUCAUGCUGGUAAGAUUUUAUUUUUUAAUCUGUGUUGUCAAAAAGUACAAAAAUGUGUGCAUGUAAAAAAAAAAAUUAAAAAAAAGAUGCACAUUUUUCAACUUCCAUUAGGAAGAGUAUCUAUGUAAGUUUUUCAGCUUGUAAAUACUUUUACAGCUUUUGUGAAGUAACUUGGGUUGGUGUUCUGUACACUCAUGAAUAUAUAAUAUAUAAUGAAAUAUAUAUGUACACACUAUUACAAAAUAAAGUUGAAUGAAUUAAAAUAAAUAUAUCUUAAU